AUGGCGACCCCAGUGCCACGAACGGAGCAUGCCGCCAUGGUAGACGCUCCGUUUGCCGGCUCCGAUCGAAAGCCGAGCCUGCACACGCUGCAGCCGCUCGUGCGCCUCCUUGUGAUCUCGCACAGGGAGAUCGAGUCCAUUCUCGGCGAGGCCCUAGGGCAUACCCUGGCCAAGCUCACCGAUGAUCAGUGGAGAUCCCUAGGCGACAGCAAGAACGCGUGGCGGACCUUGCUCUUUGCCCUCCUCUACCUCUUGCGAGAAGACGGCGGCAAGGCCACGUCCGGCAAGACCUUGACGAAAUUCGAGGAUCGGCUCACCUAG